AUGUUCGUAAACCUACAAUCCCAUGCCUUUGCAGGCAAUCCUCUAAGGUUUAAAACCCCCAAACCACACGACCCUUUAUCCCCUGCCUUAGCCCUUGAAACCCUCAAAGCUCAACUUUUGGACGAUAUCCACCAACCAUUUUCUCUUAAUUUCAAGGUUCUACCCUAUAGGAAGGGAAGCCCUUUGGCAUCCUCAACUAGUACCGAUGGUGAUUUGGGGCCCAAGUGGCAUCUGGGUUGGAUCACUUUGGCUGAUUGUAAAGCUUUAUUUUCUGCUUCUGGGGUUGAAUUGACCGGAGACAGUAUGGUUUAUCUGGGUUCAAGCUCUGAACAGGAUGUUGUUUAUUGGGCAAUUGAUGUCUCUGGUGAAAAUAGUUUGGCCACUGAAUUUGUUAGCAAGCAGUUUUGCUUCGUUGAGUUAAGAACACUUAUGGUGGCUACAGAUUGGGCUGAUGAGCGGGCCAUGGCUGAUUUGGCUGUUGCUGGUCAUGCCAGAGCAUUGAUGGAGUGGCAUAACAUCUCGCGUUUUUGUGGAUCUUGUGGAGAGAAAACUGUCCCCAUGGAAUCUGGGAGGCGGAAACAAUGUUCAAAUGAGUUGUGCAGAAGGAAAUUUUAUCCUCGUGUGGAUCCGGUUGUCAUCAUGUUAGUUAUUGACCGAGAAAAUGAUCGUGCCCUUUUAGGCAGACAGUCCAGAUUUGUACCCCGAAUGUGGAGUUGCUUAGCUGGUUUCCUAGAGCCUGGAGAAAGCUUAGAAGAGGCAGUGAGGAGAGAAACAUGGGAAGAGACUGCCAUUGAAGUAGGAGAAGUUAUGUAUCAUAGCUCGCAGCCAUGGCCUGGUAUCACCUUUACUACUCUUGUUUGA